AUGGGAAAAACUCAGGGAAAUAAAAAAAAUAACAAGUUAGAUAAAACAACGAAUGAUGAUAUGCCAGAAGAUGAAGAAAUUGCAAGUGAUGAAAUACUUUGCUCAGAAACUGAAAGUAGUAAUGAUAGCAGUGAACAUUUUUCCAAAGAUGAAGAAAAUGAAACUCAAAUCGACAAAGAAAUACAAAUAUAUUUUACUUCAAAUAUAUCAGAUGAUAAAUAUAAAAUACAAGGCAAUACAACUUAUACAAUACCAAUCUAUUUUAAAAGAAUUGAUUUAUCAAAAAUGGUAAAAAAAUUAUUAAAUAUAAAUGAUGAUGAUGAUAAUUAUGAUGGUAGUAUAUCAUUUGACUUUUUAAUAAAUAAAAAAAUAUUAAGAUCUUCUAUUUCUGAAUUUUUAGAAGAAAAUAAUAUAUUAUCAGAGUCAACUAUUGAAAUAGAAUAUAUUCUAUGUUUAAAAAAAAAAACAAGUAAACAUAUUGAUAAUAUAUCUGAAUGGAUAUCAAAAAUGAUUAUUAAUGAAAAUAUAUUAUAUUGUAGCACAUUUGAAGGAAAUAUAUUAUAUUAUGAUUUAAAAAGUUUUAAUAAAAUCGAUGAAAAAAUGAUAUCAAAUACUCCAAUAUAUUCAUUUAAUGUAUGUAAAUAUAUUCCCAAAAGUGAUGACGAUAUUUGUAAUAAUCAUUUUCAAAAUAUGCAUCAAUCUGUUAUUGGCUUAUUCAAUGGUACAAUGAAAGUUUGUUUAAAUGAAGAAACUGAUAAAGGAAUAUCUUUAAAAAGUGAAAUAUAUUUAGGAAACAAUGAGGAUAUGAUAAAAUGUAUCGAAUUUAAUAAAUCUUAUUCUUUGCUUAUAUCUGGAGGAACUGAUAACAAAAUAAAUAUAUAUGACAAUAAUCAUAUUUUAGAAGAAUUAAAUAAUAAUACAAACAGUAAUAAUAAGAGAAAAAUUAAAAAUAUAAUAACACCCAAAAAAUGUAUAUAUAAAGAAGAGGGUGUUAUAACAUCACUAUCAUUUUUAAAUGAUAAUAAAUUUUUAUGUACAUCAUUAAAUAGUAAUAUAAAUAUUUAUGAUACAAUACAUACAGAUAUAGUUACUUCAUAUUCAUAUAAUAAAUCUAUAUUAUUAAGUGAUAUUAUUAAUGAUAAUUUAUUUGUAAUAUCUGAUGAUCAAUCUAUUAUUAAAUUAUUUGAUAUACGUUGUUUAAACCAAAAAAAUGUAAUAACAUUAAAUGGAAAUAAAUAUUAUUUCCAUGAUAAAAUUAUAACUUCUUUAGAAGCAAAUAAAAACGAAUUAUAUAUUUUGUCAUCUUCUCAUGAUGGUUUUAUUAAUAUAUAUGAUAUUAGAUUAAACAGAUCACCCAUAUAUACUAUCAAAAAUGAAAACCAAUUAAAAUAUUUAUCAUCUAUUUGGUUUUAUAAUAAUGAUCAAAAUAACUCGAUUGUUAGUGCUGACGAGAAGAAUUUGGUUAUCCAUCAGUUUUAG